CUUGCUUCCUGUGCCUGCGCCAUGGCUGUCCCUGCUGCUGACGAGUACUAUGACCUGGGCGCCUUCGGGCGCGCCAUCACCAGCAACAGCGCGGAUGCCCAGGUGUGGUUCAACCGCGGCCUGACCUGGGUGUAUUCCUUCAACCACGUCGAGGGCGCCUACUGCUUCCAGCAGGCCAUCAACCAUGACCCAGAGUGCGCCAUGGCCCACUGGGGGCUCGCCUACGCCGUGGGGCCCAACUACAACAAGCCCUGGGAGAAGUUCGACCAGGGCGACCUGCACAACUGCGUGCGCCGCGGGUUCGAGGCUUCCCAGGCGGCCCUGAAACACGCCCCCGGGGCCACCCCGCUGGAGCGGGCGCUGGUCGGGGCGAUGGAGGCCCGGUUCCCCACGGACCAGCCCGCCAGCGACUACCCGGCGCUGAACCGCAGCUACGCGGCCGCGAUGGCGCGGGUGUACGAGGAGUUUGGCGCCGAUCUCGACGUCGCGGCGCUGUACGCCGACGCCCUGAUGAACAUGACCCCCUGGACGCUGUGGGAUCUGUUCACGGAGCAGCCCAACCCGCAGGCGCCGACGCGGGAGGUGCAGCGGGUGCUGGAGCGCGCCCUGAAGCAGGUCGCCGACGGGGCCAACACGCACCCGGGCCUGCUGCACCUGUACAUCCACUUCAUCGAGAUGUCGCCGACGCCGGAGCUGGGGAUCCCCGCGGCGGACCUGCUGCGCGAUCUCGUUCCGGACGGCGGACACAUGCACCACAUGCCGACGCAUCUGGACGCGCUGAUCGGCGACUGGCGGCGGUCCAUCGCCUCCAACCACAAGUCGACGCUGGCCGACGACAAGUUCUUCCGCAAGAACGGCGCGCGCAACUUCUACACCUUCUACCGCAUGCACGACUACCACUCGCUCGUGUACGCCGCCAUGUUUGCCGGGCAGUCGCAGACGGCCCUCGACGCCGUCUCCCGUAUGGAGGCCACCGUGCCCGAGGAGGUGCUGCGCAUCGAGUCGCCGCCCAUGAUCGACUGGCUCGAGCAGUUCCUCUCCCUGCGCCUGCACGUCAUGGUGCGCUUCGGCAUGUGGGAGGAGCUCAAGCAGCGGGCCCUGCCCGAAGACCCGGCGCUGUACGCCGGCACCACCGCCGUCACCCACUACGCCCGGGGCAUCGCCCACGCCGCCACGGGGGAUGUGCCCGCCGCGCGCCGGGAGCAGGCGCUGUUCCGGGCCGCCUGGCAGCGGGUGCCUGCCUCGCGGCGCGCGUACAACGGCCGCAUCAUCGACAUCCUCGAGGUGGCCAACGCCAUGCUGGAGGGCGAGAUCGAGUACCGCGCCGAGAACUACGAGCAGGCGUUUGCGGCCCUGCGUCGCGCCAUCGACUUUGAGGACAAGCUGCCCUACAGCGAGCCCUGGUCGUGGAUGCAGCCCGUGCGCCACGCCUACGCCGCCCUCCUCAUGGAACAGGGCCGCCUGGACGAGGCCGCGCAGACCUACCGCGCCGAUCUGGGCAUGGACAACUCCAUCAUCCGCCCGCGCCGCCAUCCCAACAACGUCUGGUCCCUGCAGGGCUACCACGAGUGUCUCAUCCGCAUGGGCCGCUUCGACGAGGCCGCCGUGCUCGAGCAGCCCGUCAAGCUGGCCCUCGCCGUCGCCGACGUCCCCGUCAAGUCCUCGUGCUUCUGCCGCCUGGAUACCUCGCAGGCGCCGGAUGUUCUGGCGCAGGGCCGGCCGCAGGCCAACGGAGUCGGAAAGAAAUGCUGUUCAUGAUACCAUACUUUUUCUUUACUUUUCCUUUCUACUGUCUAAUAUUGCAAUGAAUCACCUUUUCUCCUGUAUAUAUACAAAUCAAUAAGAUGAUUCAGAUCUACAAUAAGAAUAGUCACACUGGUU